AUGACGGUGUUGCAGGCUUGUGAGGUUCCUGGGUUCGACAUUCCUCGAUUCAGAGGAGCUCCUCUCAAAAGAAGCCAAGUAUUUCCCCUUUCAAAUCUCUCCACCUGUGAAGUAGGUGAAGCAGCCAAAGGCAAAGGACUCAAACAAGUGGGAAAUGGGCACGGAGGAAAAACACUAGUUGGGGCUUCAGUUGUAGAGACUCUUUGGGAGCUUGAUCGGUUUGUGAGCAACUAUAAGAAGUUGGUUAGCAAGAUCAAAUGGCAAGAUCUCAUGGGUAUCAAGUUAAACCCUCCUUUUUCCCCUAAAUUCCUUUCAUGUCCCUGCCCUCUCUUCCUCUCUCAGUCAAUAAGACAACCCACAACACAGAGCUUAGUGUUCUGCUCGAGGUUCUCAGAGGCAGAGGAGAAGGUCGAGGAUGAGUGGCUAGCGAGACUUCCUGAAAAGAAGAAGCCUUUAUACUCUCAUAGCUUGCCUUGCAUCGCGGCAUGGCUUAGGGAAUUGGGGUUUUACGAGAGCAAAGAUGACCGUGCCGUUUGGUUCGUUGAGAAGCCAAACUGGCACGCCCAGCUUUCUCUUGAUGUCACCGAUCUGUGUAUAAGGUAUUUGAAAAGUGGACCAGGAAAUCUUGAGAAGGACUUGGAAAGGAGAUUCAGUUACGCAUUAAGUAGAGAAGAUAUUGAAAAUGCCAUUCUUGGAGGGCCAUAAGGACGAAAACUCGAAGACUCUUGCUUCUCUGGUAUAUCAUCUGGAUGAACUAAACUUAGUCGACGUUGAAUAGUUUCAAUUUAUUUUGUAUUUGGAUGUGUCAGUGAGUUUCUGCCUUUGAAAAGCUUGAGAAGAAACACUAGUAUUUUAGGGUAAUAACACAUCCAUAUUUCUUACUUAUUAUUGCAAUUCUUCUGGGGUAUACCCUUUUUUUUUCCCCUCAUACUUCCUCACUCAGCUGGAUUUCUUCAACUUGGUGAUGGAAGUUACUAGGAAACAUAAUGCUCCAGAUUUAGCAUCAGCAAAUGC